UUCAGUGACUUCGAACGGCUGCAGAACAACACCAAAACACUAGGUUGUGUGGGAUGAUUUGUAUCCUCAUUGUGCAACAUUAGUUAACACAAGUCUCUAAUUAAAUUAUAGCUAGCAGUGUUUAUAAAUCACCAUGUUGCCUACGUCAGGGUAUUUUCGUGGAAUAUCUUGCCCCGACCACGACAAGGACUAUUGUCAUCGUCCCUACUGCCACUUCCGUCACUUCCCUAAGAAAGAGCUGAAAAAGUCUGCUCCAUCGCAGAGUUCUACUUCCACAACAGAAGUUGCGGUAGAUCAAACAGACAAUGCUCGGGAAGCUUCCCAAGAUCUGCCAACAUGUAGCACCACUGCAAUGCUGAUUGAGUGUGGGAGCUCCAAGCAGCAGCCAGAAGAUGAUGAAGGUCAAGAAGGACCAUCAGGACCAAAUAAUGAGGAUCAGUCUGAACUCAUACAGCAACUUGUAAGUGAGGCUGUAAAGAAAGUAUUGGCUGAAAAUCCUGUGCUAGCAUCUUCAGGUGUGGAUCCUUCUUCAAUCGUGAAGAAUAUUGACACUUCAGCGCUUGUCGCUCAAGCUACUGCUGAAACUACCCAGGCAAAUGCCAGAGGAAAGAAAAAGUAUUACUUCCGUCCCCCCGACACACCUAGUUACAAUCCUACCCCUAUUGAAGAACUCAACAAGCGUAAGCGGUCAGUAGAUUACAGUGAAGACAUGUUAGGUUCACAGAAAAAGGUUGUUAAAUAUACCCCAACACCAGUGACAUCACGGAGCACUAUAGUAGAUGCCACAGAAAUUGAACCAGAUUCCAAAGAAUCAUUAGAAGGUGAAGUCACAGAUUUUUCCUCUGUAGAAAGUGAGGAUGACACUGAUAAAAGAAAAUGUGAUUUUGAUAUCUUGGAAGAAGUUCUUGCUGAACACUUGCAAAAUAAUAAAGUUAAAGUAAAGAAAAAGAGAGUAAAGGCAUUAGGUAAACUUCAGUAUAGUUUAAGUAUGCCAGAGAAAAAGGUUGAUGAAUCGUCUAUGAUCUCAGAUGCAAGAAAUCUUUCUGAUCAAGACAGUAACACAUGUGAUGUACCAAUACCAAGGACAAACAGUAUUGACAGCAAAUUACCAACAGAUGGGUCAUACUUUUUACCUCCUUCCCCAGUGUUUACAACAUACAGUGAUGCAUUUGGUACUUUUGAUUCCAUAGUAUAUACAAAAGCAAGUAGAAGUCCUGAUGAAUGUGAAUCUAAUGACAAUAGAACGUUGAUAGAAACAACCAAAGUACAAAGUUCCAAUGAGAAUAGUGAUGCAGAGGAACGUAGUCCUCCUGCAGUUAAAAAGUCAGAUUUGCCUGUGAAAACUGAUAAAAGGUCAACCAAUAGAGAAGAUUCUAAGAAAAAGACACAAGGUCAUACCCAUCUCCCACAAGUAGUACAUACAUUAGUUGCUCCCAAAUUAUCGAGACCAAAUGUUCGUAUAUGGACCCCUCAGGUUCGAAGUAACAUGCCUGGUGCUAGGAAAGAAGGGGAUGCACUCGAGGAAAUGUUACAGUUAAUGGAUGGAAAGGAUGCUAUUGGUAAGGCGGACAAGAAGGAAAGCUCCAAACAUUCAGGAUCCAGGACUGGUCAUCAGGCUGCAAGUGCCAAGAAAAAGGAAAAAUAUAAAGUCGAUUUAGAUAAGGAGAUAGAGAGUCUGACAAAUUCAUCAGCAGCAAAGAAAGGUGAACCUGCUACAUCUGAUACGGUCGCGUCGCCCACUGAAAACUCUGGUGCAGCAACAGAAGUUUGGACGAGCCCUGAUGGUGUAGCAGAAGAAGGGGAUACUGACCAAGUACCCAAAGAAAAAACAAAUAAGGAAAAUAAAGAGAAUGACAUAAAUAAAAAGACGGAUUUGAAGGAAGGUAAAAAUACUCCAAGUGAUGCAUCGGGCACUGAAGUAGAUGAGGAGAGCAAGGACGAUGAUUCUGUCGAUGAUGACAAGUCGACUGAAGACAGCACUGAUGAUUCACAAACAGAACGAGGAAGACGCAAGAGGAAGAGAAAGAGGAGUUACUCCGACAGUUCUGAUUCGGACCGUUCUCUUCACAGAAAGAAACGUAAAAAAAGCCGCAAGCGUAAACGUAAACACAGUCGAAGUAAAAAACGUAGGAAGCAUAAGGAGAGUAGGUCUGAGUCGAGUGAUAGCGAUGAAGAUUCGGUGAAAGAUGACAAUAAAGAUGAUGGUGGUGAUGAUAAGAGUGAAACAAAUGGAGAAACGCACAAAGAUGAUGAAAUUGAGAAGCCAAAAAAGCAUAAAAAACAUAGAAAGAAAAAUAAGCACCGUAAAAAAUCCAAACACAAACGAAAGAAAAGAAAAGCCUCCAAGUCGAAGAAAAGGGGCAGUAAAAGUCGUAGCUCAAGCAGAAAUAGAAGCCGUAGUUCCAGUAAACACAAAAGCAGGAGUUCUAGUAAACACAGAAGUAGGAGUUCUAGCAAAGAUCGAAGCAGGAGUUCGAGCAAGGACAAAAGCAGUAGUUCUAGCAAGGACAGAAGCAGAAGUACUAGCAAGGAUCGAAGCAGAAGUUCUAGUAGACAUAGAAGCAGGAGUUCGAGCAGGGGCAGGAGCAGAAGUUCUAGCAAGGCUAGAAGCAGAAACUCGAGCAAGGACAGAAGCAGAAACUCGAGCAAGGACAGCACCAGAAACUCAAGCAAGGACAGAAGCAGAAACUCAAGCAAACAGAGAAGUAGGAGUUCUAGUAAGAAUAGGAGUAGAGUUUCUAGCAAAGACAAAAUCAGAAGCUCUAGCAAACACAGAAGUAGAAGUUUAAGUGAAAACAGAAGCCAAAGUCCCAAUAAAGGCCAAGGUGAAAGUUCUCGUAAAAGAAGUCGGAGUCGUAGCAGAAGUAAGAACAGCUCUAUCUCUAAGCCACAACACAGACGGGACAGUGUUACAAAGACCCACAUUGACAACAAAGCACCACCCAAAGAUAGUGUUAAUUUCGAGAACAUUCAGACAAUAACAACUCCCAUGCCUAUUGACCCCUCAAAGAUUAAAGUAGAAAAGGAUAUUUUAGUACCUAAUCUAUCAAUUGUAAAGAUUGAGAAAAUGGAUGAUGAAAAAUCUUCCUCUGCACAUUCUAAGAAGGUUGAAAAGAAGAAUAUCAGUGAAGGAAGUGAAAAGUCAAAUGAUGGGAAUUAUAAGAAUGUGCAUUCCAUUUGUCAAAAGUCAUCUGUUGAUGCAGCAAAAGAUUCAGAAAAUAUCAAAAAGAAAGAAAAGGAACAAGCCAGAUUAAGCAAUGAUAGAGAGAGUAAGAGAAGAGACAGUCGUGACAGGAAAAACAGUACUGAAAGCAAUACAGAAAAAAUGCCAGCAUCCAGUAGACGAUGCAGCACUGACUCUAAGAAAAGUGACAAAGAAAUUAUAUUGGAAAAGAAGAAAGUAUUAGAGAGAACUAGUGUUGAUAAAAAUAAGAAGGACAAAAUUUUAAGCCCUACAGCUGAUUUACAACCUAAAGGUAUGUCCAUGUUUGAUAUGGUGCUGGCAAGUACUCAACCAGCAAAGUCAAAAUCCCUGACUGAAAUCUCUAUUUUUGAUGCCGUGAGUAAUAUGAAAACUCAAGAUGUAAGUACAGAUUCAUCAGGAGUACAUACAGAUGAUGAUGAUGUGAGUCACAGGAAUUUUAAUGAUAGUGAUACCCAAGAUAAUUCUACCGAAAUUUCCAGUCAAAGAAAACGUACUUUAAGUCAGUCUAGUACCAAGUCUAAAUCUGAGUCAGGAUCCAAGACAGGGAAAUUAAGCGACCAACAUAGAUCCACGUCCAAUCUCUCGUCUAAAUUAAGUCGUCGCCUUUCCAGUUCGAGUUCUAAAGAUGCUAAACGUGACUCCAAGCAUGCACAUUCCUCAUCUAGCAAACAGAAAAGCACUGAUCAUCACAGUUCUAGUAAUCAUAGUGGCAGUUCUAGCCAUCAAAAGAUUAGUGACAGUGGCAGCAUUUCCAGCAAACAGCAGCACAGUAGUAUUAUUAGUAGUAAUAGCGUUGGCAACAAGUAUAUGAGUGUGAAAAACAAUCUUCCUAGUACGAGCAAGAGGAAGGAAAGCAAAUCAGACAAUACCAGCAGUCACUCUAGUAGUAGCAGCAUUAAACACUACCCCAGCAGUAAGAAGAGCAGCAGCAUCAGUAGCAGCAAACAUAGUAGUGGAAGUCGUCAUAAAGAUAAAGGCCAUUCCAGGGCUGAAUAUCCCAAAAAUAAGGAGGAAAGUAAACCGAUUGAAGUGAUUACUAUUUCUCCUCAGACAUCAGUUCCAGAAUCAUCUUCAGAUGGAAUCUCGGAUAGGGACUUGUAUGCUUGUAAUGAUUAUCCAACAUCUGAUAAUACUGGUAAUGAGUCGCCUUUGCCAGACUUAUCAAUGCUGGAAGAAAUACCUCAAGAUGAUUGGGAACAGAUGAUAAACAGUUCUGACAAAGUGGAUUUAAAGCAUUUGGAGAACUUGAGAACUUUUGAGGAUUCCGACCAAGAUGAGUUUGACAGAGAUGAUCCAGAAGUUAUGGAACAAUGCUUGAAGAUGUUCAAUGAAUAUGAGGCACCUGAAGAACCAGAUGUUCAACCAGUUUGUAAGAAGGCAAGGACACAAUCUGUAGAUGAAGAGCCAGACGCCCUUCCUGGAAAGUCACGUGUUGCACGAUCAAGCUCGUCAGGGAACCUUAUACCAAAGAAAACUAGUUUUGGCCAACAGCGUAAGAAAACUCCGGCACAGAUCAUGAUGGAGAGGUACCAGAAGCUCAAGGAACAGAAAGCCAAACUUAUGGAACAAGUAAAGAAGCAGAAGAAGCAAUUAGAAGAACAAAAUCGGAGUGUAUCCACUUCACAAGCUAAAGCCACAGUCUCACAAGCUUCUCCAUCUUCCUCCCUUAUGUCACCUCCUCAUUCCUCAUCUGGUGGAUUAAAGCGCCGGAUCUCUCAUGUACCAAAUGUCUCAUCACUUCUCCAUGCCCGGGAGAGGAUCAAGAAUUUACCUCCUACCAAUUCGAGGUCACUACUGUCUCCAAGUGUAGCUAAAGCCUCAGGUGUUAUCCCACAAACUACUGCUCAAACUACUACCAAAGGUUCUAAGAGAAUAGCUCAUACACCAAAGGCUGAAACGUUGAAGCGACCUGUUAUCCCUGCUGAAUUUGGUAGCAAAGUUCCUCAUAACAUAAGGCAACGCUACCUCAACUCUAUAAUUGAUGAGUGCUUAAAAUUCUGUGGAGAGAGGGAAGCCUUCAAAAUAGGUGCAGCUGAGGAACGUGUGUGUUUUAAACGUGCGUCUUCUCGGAUGGUGUACUUAAAUCUUGCUGUUAAUGCUGUGAAAAGAUUGCGAACUCAACGGGAAGUAGGAGAAGCAGCUCAAGAAUUGCUCGAUAAUGAUCCACAAUUUGUUGACAGUUUGCAUUUAGAAGAAGUAUCGCCUGGUGUUAAACCCUCCACAUCAGGUGCGUCGUCUUCACAAUCAAAGGCCAUAAAACCACACCCUGUCAAUCCCAACCAUGUGAGGUUGUCCCACUUCACAGUCUUAUCAGGAGGUGGACAAAGGGGUUCCUGGAGUAUUGAAAAACCCAAAAAGAAUACAAGUGAUAUCCAGGAUAGCUUAAAAGGUGAAGCAUUCUACAAGCUUUUGGCAAAGUACAUAUUGACUGAGGAAGAACUUGCAGCAAAUGGAUUCCCAUUACCUGAUCCUGAAGAGAAGGGCAAGGCUAUAAUAAAAUCGGUGGACACUCGCAAGAAAAUUAGCCCAAGUUCCAUUGAGAGAUACUGUGACCGGUGUAAUAUCCUAUAUAAGGUCGACAAGUGGGGAUUCCCUACAUCUACUGCUCCUUGUAUUCAUCACUGGGGCCGUGCCAAUAAACGCAGAACUUACAGCGGCUUUGAGGCCCGUUACACCUGUUGUGGGGGAGAUCAAGAGUCAGAAGGUUGCUGUCAGGCUACCACCCAUGUUUCCCAGAACUAUGAUCCAUGUAAUCUACGCGGUUUUGUCAGAACUCUUCCCAAGGACACUACGGGAGGUGAUCCAGGAGUUUAUGCAUUAGAUUGUGAGAUGUGUUAUACCACGGCUGGCAACGAACUCACCCGAAUAACAAUCAUCAACACAGAGGGAAACACAAUCUAUGAGCAGUUAGUUAAACCAGAUAACCCCAUCAUUGAUUACAAUACAAGGUUUUCAGGAAUAACUGAGAGUGACAUGGAGGAUGUGAAGACAACAAUACGAGAUGUUCAAGCUGCCAUACUAACACGGUUCUCUGAUAAAUCUAUCCUCAUUGGACACAGUCUUGAGUCUGAUUUUCAUGCACUUAAGUUGAUUCAUGACACUGUUGUAGACACCAGUACAGUAUUUCCCCACAAGAUGGGUCCCCCCUUUAAGCGUGCUCUUCGCAACUUAGCUUCAGAAUAUCUGAAAACAAUUAUCCAAAAUGAUGUUUCAGGUCAUGACAGUGCUGAGGAUGCUCUUACUUGUAUGCGUCUUAUGAAGUGGAGAGUGAAAGAAGAUUUGAAAGGGAUAAAGUAGCUAGAGAUUGUGGGUAUUACAAAAUUGUACCGAGACAUUUGUCAGCAAGAUUUGUUGAACGUGUUAAACUUUAUAAUAACUGCUAUGAAAAUUCAUAUUUAUAAAUCACUUGUCUUUAUUGCUCAAAAGAAAGAAAUAAAACCAUUAAUUUACACUGAACAUUUGGCUUUAUUUUAUACAAUCAAGAAUAUUGGAAAUAUGGACAAGCAGAUAUGUUCCUAACAGUCAUAUCCAUCUAAUUACCUUUUCACACAAUUUGUUAUGUGAAUGAGGAUACAAUGUCUUAGGUAAUUUCAUGUAAAGAAAAAAAUUGCAUCCAUUGCUAAUGGAGGCUUUUAACAUCAAGAUUAGUCUGUCUUUAGGUAAUUGAGGUAAUAUUAUAGUUCUUGAAAAUGAUGAAACUGUUCCCUGCUGUUGAGGUUUACCAGAAGUUGACUUGCGUAUUUUAUAUAAUUAUUUGGUUAUGUAAUUAAGUGCAUCAGUAAUUAGUUAUAAUGCACAUUUCUAGUUUGUUAGUUUUUGCUCUAAAAUUCAUUGUUUUAAACAUUACUUGUGCAAUAAAUUUUUUUCACAUAAAAUUGAUUCUAUAAGUUUUCUCUAAAUGUUUGAAAAUAGGAAUGUUGACAGCGGUGUUCAUAUACAGGUAUUACUCGUUAUCCAAAUCAGUUAGAUACCAUGAAAACUAUUCAGAAACCCCGAUGUUCUAUUACCUAAAAAAAUUUAAUUGGUUCAUGAACAACAAAAAACCUACUUAACUACUCUAGGAUUGUGCCUAAUUGCUGUAAUUUAGCUCCUAACUAUUGUAUGGUAAUUGCUAAACUAAAUAAAAUUACUGUGCAGUUGGUACAUUACCUUAUCGGAGGGCAAUCAAGGCUCACCACAGGGCCACCUUUCGGAUAAGUGAGGAUCACUUUUGUAUAUUGAAAAAGAGGUGUAAGAAUAUAAAUUUUGGAUAAGCAAAUUUUUGAAUGCCGAACAUUCAGAUAACGAGGCAUACUGUAUCCCUACAGUCAUACUAGUUUUGAUAUUGGCAACUCCUACACUAGCAUAUGUUUGUAUUGUACUUUAAUGUAUACCCAAGUAAAGUGAAUGGACAGGGUGUAAUGUCUUUCACAGAAAUACUUAAACAUUCUUUGAUCAUUUAAUUAUAUUUUCUGUUAUUACUAAUGUACAGUACUCGCUUUUCUAAAAAUUAUUUAUUCUGUUGAUAAAUGUAAAUAGAGAUGCUUUGUAUAGUCUUGCUUUACCCAUGUUAAAGCAGCAUUCAUUUUGGCAAGUGCACAAAAAGAAAUUCAAGGAGAGAGAUAGAGUUUUGUACCUGACACUUUUGUGUUGUGCACCCACACACCCAGUUUCCCCAGUCUUUGCAUGUUAACUAACUCAUUAGUUUUCAAAAGAUUUUGAAUAUGAACAAUACAUUUUUAAAAGACUUAAGUUAAAAUGUAUAUAUCUUUAAGAUGCUGGACUAUAAUUAAUGUGUUGUAAUUAUACAUUAUGAAGGUUGCAGUUUGAAUAGUCUUAUUGCUUGUUUCAUUUUAAUUAUGUAGUCCACAUUUAAUUUCAAAUGGAUAUUGAAUGUGAUUAUAUAGAGAUUAUGGCAUGUUUGUGAUUUCAAUAUCAAAAAUAUAUAUUUUUAUACUCUAUAAACUGGUUAGUCUUCUCAUCAAAAACUUGUCAAUACAGUUCUUUAACUUUUAGGGUUUGUAGUUUGCUGAUAGCUUGCCAUUGGCAUAUGUAAUGUUUACAUAAAUAAGGUAAACAAGAAUUCUAGAAAUUAAAUAACUCAAACUUGUAUUGUGCACAUAAUGCAGCAGUGUUGACAGAAAAUAGUAAAAUUAAUGUUAAUUGUGUUAUGUAUUACAGUACACUUUAAAAAUACAGACCCCAGAUUUCUAAAAAUGAAACCUCUCAUAAUGGUUACACUUGAUUUACUCACAUGUUGAAUAUUUAUACUGUUGAGUUUUAAGCUUAACA